AUGCAAUCAGUCGUAGACGUAGCCAAAUCAGCGAUCAACACCGUAGUUUCAGGAGCUACCAACCUAGCCAACACCGCUGCGUCCUAUACGGGUUUGGGGGGUCAUUCUCACGCUGAAGAACAUUUGCAUAAAUCUACUUUACCUCCCGACUCGACUGCCUCGAGCGUUAAGAAAGUGGAUUCAGAAGGGUUGGCGGUGUUUGAAGAUGAGGGAGUGAGACAUGAGGUCUUGGUGAAGAUCAACAAACUUGCUCACGAAAAUGUCAAACAUGGUUUGAAAGAGGUCGCUUCACUUGAUUUGGUAGGACCGGAUGGUAUCAAGAAAGGUAUUUCUUACUACCACCCCCUCCGAUACUUCACUGUCGCCCGUCCCCUCGGCGUGGACUACAUUGGAGAAAUUGAGAUUGAAGAUGGUAAAUCAAUUCAUGUCCGAGUACAUAAAGCUGGAUCAGGCAAUACACCUUUAUUCCACUCUAUCGAUACUAGACCUUCUGAAGAGGGUGGAGCGGUUUUCAAAACUGGUGAACCACUCGGAUGGUUUGAUUAUUGA